AUGAGCCACCUGGGAAGGCCGACAAAGUGUCGACGGGGGAGCACAUGGAAAAGGGCGGAGACUAUUGCCCUGCUGGAAAUCUGGGGCGAGGCGAAGAUCCAGCAACAGCUGCGGUUCAGCCACCACAAUUUAGACAUAUUUGAGAAAAUUGCAGAGGACUUACGUGGGCACGGGUAUUGUCCUUCAGCCACAGAGUGCCGGACAAAGACAAAGACGCUUCGUCUGGGGUACAAGCGGGUUGUGGCUCACGAUGCAAAAUCGGGAAACGCCCCAGUGGUGUGCCCAUUCUACCCACAAUUGCACCGCAUUCUCCAGGGGGAUGCCAGCAUGACGCCGAAGCGGGUGCUACGCAGCGGUGCAGCAGAAGGGAUGGCAGCCGGACAGGGUCCAAUGGCCUGUACUGCCCCGUCUCCUGUGUCUAACUUGGCUCACGAGGCAGGACUGGGUGCCCCACACCCUGUCGGCCUAGGAGAUUACCUUGAACAGACUCCCACUGAACUGGAGAGCAGCUUGUGCAAGAAGGAAAUGCUGAGGGCCGCGCCGGAUGGGUCGGAGGACGAGGGGGAGGACGUGGCUGCCCAACUGGAGGAUUUUGAUUGCGCCCAGCAGGUGCCGCCCAGCAGUGCUGGAGGGACGCGGGCCAUCCCAGGGAUUGCCACGCUGUCUCCAGCAUCCAGGCUGGCCUUGCUGCGGAUGAAGAAACGGAGGGUACCCCACAUCGAGCGCAUGAUGGAGAGAGUGAUGAUGCACUCCGAACGAAACCAGCGGGAGCUUCUCCGGGAAUUGGCUGCUGAGCGUCAGUGUUUCACGGCGUUCAUCCAGGAGCUGCGAGAUGAUGCGCAGGGCCGUCUGCAAAUGCGCCAACAGAUUGCAGCGUUGUGCGAGGCAACCCAGAACUCCACACGGGUUCUGGACCGGGUGCUGAGUGGACUGGCAAAGUAG